AUCACAAUGGUUGCACCUAGGGGCCAUUUAGUCAUUAAAUAUGUAACAAAAGGGCUUCUCGUUCCAAAAGGUACAACAAUCACAGCAGAGAUUUUCAAGUAUAUAAUGAAUCUGGUUUAGGGCAAGCUUCAUGUUUUCUCCAAACCCUAAAUAAACGCUGCUGCCGCCAUUUGCCUAGACCAACGCCGCCAAAUGCCCAGACCAAAGCCGCCACGAUUUUGAGCAAGCUUUUAAAGUGGGUGAUGGGUUUGACAGCACAGUCCAGGAAUUCGGGGAUGAGGCGAUCGAGUGGUGGUUUGGUGAAUUGGAGGCGUCACGACCCUUGGAGAGAAGGGGAUCGGCGGAGGAAGAGGGUUUUGACGGUGGAGGAAUCGGUGGUGGUGGUGGUGGCUGCGCCUCCAUUUUCUCUCUCAUCGAUUUCUGCUGCCUAUUGUGGGUUUGGGGAUAGUGGGGGUGGUGGCACCGCGGUGGUUGUAAGGUGGGAAUGGUGGUGGCAGUUACAACGGUGGGAGGGUGGCACGGUGGAGGCCCGGUGUUUAUCUCUUCUGUUGAUUUCUGCUGCUGAUUGUGGGUUUGGGGAUAGUGGUGGUGGCGACGUCGGUGUGGUGGGAAUGUGGUGGCGCGGCGGCGGUGUAAGGUGGGAAUGCUAUAAGGUGUUAUCGAAUCAGAGUACAGAAAGCUGUUCCAGUUUUCGAUUGAAAAGAGAUGGAUCACUACAUGGAUCCUCACAUCAUGCUUGUGCUGGACCCACGAGGGUGGCAUUGCCACCGGUGGGUUCGAAUGUGAUCUACUUCCCUCAAGGCCAUGCAGAGCAUGCUUGUGAAAUGGUUGAUUUUACUAAGUCUCCAAAAGUUCCACCAAUGAUUUGUUGUAAGGUGUUGGAUGUCCGUCUUGUGGCAGAUUAUGAAACCGAGGAAGUUUGUGCUAGAAUUUGUUUGCUUAAACUUAAUAGCAACAAAGCUGAUUUUGAUUUUCAAUAUGAAGCAAUCCCAGAUACACCCAUCUUUGCAAAAUGUUUGACGCACUCUGAUUUAACCAGUAGUACCUUUUCAGUUCCCCACACUUGUACAAAUGUCUUUAAACAUUCAGUUGAUAGCCAAACCAUCAUUGUAAAAGAUGUUCAGGGUAAAGAAUGGGACCUAAUGUCUGGGUGGGCAAACUUUGUGGGUACCAAAGGGCUCGUUACAGGUGAUGCGAUAGUGUUCUUGAGGGCUACAAAUGGCAACAUAUCUGUUGGGAUUGUGAAGAGAGGCCUGAGGAGGGUGAAGGCAGAAUCCGUCAUUGAAGCAAUGACUUUGGCUUCAAAUGGAGAGCCGUUUCUGGUUCAGUAUUUCCCUCGAGCAUUGACACCUGAAUUCUGUGUAGAGGCCUCAAUUUUCGAAGCUGCAAAGAGUAUUAUUUGGUGGGUUGGGUGUAGGAUCCAAAUGGAAUUUGAAAGUGAGGAUGCUUCGGGGACACAUUGGUUUAAUGCAACUGUAUCAUCUGUUGGGGAUUUCGAUCCUAUUUGCUGGCCUGCGUCUGCCUGGAGAACUCCGCAGGUGAUAUGGGAUGAAGACCACUGUGGUCUGCUUCAAAAUGUAAAUGCAUGGCUUGUCACGGUGGCAGAGGACAUGCUUCUAGUAAACCUGUCCCCUUCCUUAAUACCAAAACCCCCAACUGAUGCGUCUCCAGCCCCGGCAUUCUGCAGCUUGACAAUGCAAGUUUCAAAAUCUGAUCACGAUGGAAAAGCUGAUGAAGAGUGCGCAUAUGCGUCCCCCGCCACUCUUCAGCAGCUUGAGCAGGCAAAUUCUGGAGUCCAUAUUGAAUCUCAAGCGCGGCCUCCUAUACGGCUGACCUAUCGGCGCCGAAGCAAGGAAUAGUGUAUCUUACAGCACAUUAGUAUUUCGCAUCACUUGUGCUUUAUGUUAGUAUUGAAAAUACAAAUGCUGUCUUGAACAAGUUCAAAUACAUUUCUGUUUUUACACAAUCCUCUUGGCAACUGAAAUGAGAAUCAAGAAAUGCUUGGCCAAGAUGAUUCAAACACUCUAUUUGCCUUGCUGAGAUUUGGCUCCUCACAGUUUCCUGUAUAUACCCAGUUUGUGGAAGAUGCCAGGAACCACUCCCCAGAAGGUAAUUUCAGCAUAAUAAUGUCCUUACUCUCUCAGAGUUCCAAACAUCAUUGAAAAAUA